AAAACUUCUCGCAAACAUUUGCAUUUGAAAAGAAUACAGAAGAUUUUUAAGUCGAUUUGCUGUGUGGGUUAUCCAAAUGCUUUUUCUCCUCACUGUAUUUUGCCAAUCAUUUUGAAUAGUUGUUUUUAAUUAUGCUAUAAUAAAUGUUCAAUAAAUGGUAUGGCUGAUCGAAGGAAACUCCAAGGAGAAGUGGAACGGUGUUUGAAGAAAGUUAGUGAAGGUACUGAAGCUUUUGAAGAAAUUUGGCAGAAAGUUCAGAACGCAACAAAUUUAAAUCAAAAAGAAAAGUAUGAAGCUGAAUUGAAACGAGAAAUAAAAAAAUUACAGAGACUUCGAGAACAAUUAAAAACGUGGGCAACUUCAAGUGAUGUCAAAGAUAAAGAUUUGUUAAGAGAAAAUAGAAAACUAAUUGAAUUGCAAAUGGAAAGGUUCAGAGUUGUGGAGAAAGAAACAAAGACAAAAGCCUAUUCAAAAGAAGGCCUUGGUCAAGCAUUCAAAAUAGAUCCAGAAACAAAAGAAUUUGAAAGAUGCAGAGAAUGGCUAAAUGAAGCUCUCAAGAAUUUAGAUCUGCAGAUUGAUGCAUGUGAAUCUCAAUGCGAAGCGCUAUAUGCAGGUUCAAAGAAGAAAAAACUAGACAAAGAUAAGCAAGAUAGAGUAGAUGAGCUUGCUAUACGAAGAGAUAAACAUAGAUAUCAUAUAUCACAAUUAGAGCAUAUUUUAAGGCUGUUAGACAAUCAUUCACUGGAAGUUGAUGCUGUAAAUAAAGUACGUGAAGAUGUUGAGUAUUACAUUGACAAUUGUCAGGAGCCUGAUUUUGUUGAUGAUGAAGGUAUCUAUGAUGAUUUGGAUCUUGAUACUGAAAUUGAUUUGGAAUCAAGUCUUAAAUUUGAUAAUGACAAAGAUGAUGAUCAGGAUUUAGAUUCAUCUCCUUCAUCGUCAAUAAAUUCUGGGUUCUCAGGAGUCACUGGUUCUCCUUCAAAAUUAAUGUUGACAUCUCCAUCUAAAAAUACCAAAUCUUCUUCUUCACUUAAUCUUUCAAAUGGUGGACCAUGUUCUACGCCUUCAAAAAGAAACAUUUUUAGUGGUUAUUUUAAUACAUGUAGUAAUUCUGAUGUACCAACAUCUCAAGAUUCACAACCUCAUGUUAAUGGUCUCGAUCAUAUGGAUGAAUACAACUCAUAUAGCAAAAAUGAUUCUUUUACCACUGCAUCGCUUACAACACCUCUUUCUUCUAUAAAUACCGUGGCUGCUGUUUUAACACAGUCUACAGUCUCAGAUAUUCGACCUUCAAGUCCAGGUAACAAGAGUAUAUCAAGUACAGAUCAAAGUUUUGUGAGGCCUGCUCGAUACCAAACAGAAAGUUUGAAAUACCCAGAUAGAGGCAUAAACACAAGUAAUCCACAUUGGAGAAAAAAUAAUAGCUUAAAUGAUGUUGAGAACUUUUCUGAAACAGUUGUUUCAACAAAUUCUUUGCAUAAUUCUUUAUCAACUAAUGCUAUUGAACAGUUGAUGAGCAGUGUAGCAAAUGCUAGUCUCUCAUUUUCUUCUCGUCAAAAUUCAAGUACAUCGCUAUCAUCAAGUCUUUCACAACAACCAAAUGAUAUUUUUCAUUCCCAUCAUAAAAUGGAGGAGCAACAAGUACAACCAACUUUAGACUUUAAUAUGAAAGCUAGUAGUUUAUUUGGAACUUUAUUGAAUCAGAAUCCUGUUCUUUCUCAAAAAGCUAUUCCUGCUGAGAUGCAGGAAGUAUGUCUUCAGCCAGUGCAUGGUGUUGCUCCUCUUGGUCCAGUUUUAUUAACUCAGGAGCGUAUUUACCAAUUAAAAUCUCUAGAUGCUUCCUACCAUCAUCUUCCGCAAAAACAAGAUAGUGAAAAAAUGAGACCUUACAUCUCAAGAAGUGCAGUGCCAAUAGCAAACUAUCAUCUUCAUCAAGCUCCUCCAAAUAUCGACUCUAUUGAAUUUUUUCAGAGAUUAUCAACAGAGACAUUGUUUUUUAUAUUUUAUUAUCAAGAAGGUACUCGAGCUCAGUAUUUGGCUGCAAAAGCUUUGAAAAAGCAAUCGUGGCGUUUUCAUACUAAAUAUAUGAUGUGGUUCCAGCGACACGAGGAACCAAAGAGAAUUACGGAUGAGUUUGAAGAGGGAACUUAUAUAUUCUUUGAUUAUGAAAAAUGGAGUCAGCGCAAAAGAGAUGGAUUUACAUUUGAAUAUCGAUAUCUAGAAGAUAAAGACCUUCCUUAAUGUUAAAACAUUUAAUUUGCAAGAAGGUUUCGGACCGACAAAGCCUUAAUUAAGAAUUCGGUUUUAGAUCGACGAGUUUUUUUGAUCAAGUCGGUUUUGAUAACAGGAAACAGAAUUCCGCCUUGAAAAUAGAACGUUGAUUUUAUAUUUUUUACCGUCUUAGGGGUUUGGUAAAUAAGAAUUAUUUUUGGGAGAUGAAUUUUUUGGAUAGAUUGUUUUUCUCAAUAACAAAUUGUUUAUGGCCAUCCUUGGUGUUUACCUAGGUUAUUUCUUAUGAUACCCCUUUAUUCUACUAAGAAAAUAUCCUUUUGUUUCGAAUCAACGAAAUAAGACCGAUGCGGUUAAAAAAUUAUAUGACGUCAUGUUUGUUACCAUUGUAAAUAUGAAGUAUAAAUACAAAUUUGUUGUUUA